AUGAACUGGGUGGGAGGCAAUCUCUCUCGGCAUCGUCGAGGAAAGGGCCGGAAAGAGGACUUGGCAAACCAAGAGCAAUAUUUCGCAAAGGCCCGCUCUUGGCAGCGUGAGCAAGCAAAAACCAGCCCUGUGGUUCUAUCUGCCGCCAAUUUUAUUCCCAACUAUUUCGUCGCAUCGAAUGCAGCUGCUAGGGUGGCCAGAUCAAGCUCUCCCUCUGCGCUACCAGUGCCUCUGGGCACCUCUGAAGAAGCAUCGGCCAACUUGGCCAGUCCAUCGCAAUCCAUGCAACACGAUGCUGCUAAACGGCCGUCAAGCGUUGUAACACCGAGCCAGACGAGCGGGCCAGCCGUGUUCAAUAAUCAUUCGACAAAAGACCAUCUGGUAGGCACCUCUGGCCUAGAGGCGGAGCGGCGGAGACUCCUGAAAGAAGAAGAUUUCAUGCAAAGUAAACUGCCGAAAGUUUCAAUAGUAAAACCCGCGCAGAAAAGAGGUUAUUCAACCGCUGCUAGGCAAGUUGUUGGGCAGCGGCAGCGGCAGUCUGCAAAUCCCGCUAGCCAUCGCGAAAUUCAGCCAAGCGUUGGUGACCAGAGAGGCAUUAGAAAGAGGAGACUGAGCCAGAUGAUUCCUCCUCCCGUCGAUACAACGAUUAGGAUACGAGUUGGAAGCAAAAGUUAUCAAUGGAGCGAAGCAGGAAAUUCCAUACGCGACCCUACGUAUAAUAGCUCGUCGCCAAGCUCAAGUGCAGAUGAAUCUCGGUGCAUCGCAAGCACUAUGGACAAUACUUCAUACGUCAUUGACGAGUUUAUUCCAGGGCUCUCGUCAUCUACCAUGAGUCCAUUACCAUGUUUUUCUCCAGAAAACAAUCGUCCCGCAUAUCGCCGCAAGUUUUACGAUCUGACAGAGCACUUUGAUAGGGCAGGACCGGCAAAAUCUCAAUGCCUGAUGACAACUUAUACCGACGCGCUAUCACCACACGCAAGACCGCCAGCGACGAGCGCGACUAGCUCCGUUAGUAGCAUGGCUGUAGAGGUUGGCAAUGGCCGAGAAUCUGCCAAGAUUGGCAUGAAUGAAGAGGAUGUUUGGAGGGCGUGGCUGAACCAAGACGUGCCCGAGUUCCAGGUGCCCAAAGGACGACAGAUAUGA